AUGGAUCCUUUAAAGUACCUAUUUGAAGUACCAACGCUAGUUGGAAAAUUGGCCAAAUGGUUGGUCCUACUGUCUGAAUUUGAUAUUGUGUAUGAGACUCGAAAAACCAUCAAAGGGCAUGUAGUGGCCGAAUUUCUUUCUAAAAAUCCAGUUAAUGAAGAGGAAGAAGUCGAAACAGCCUUCCCGGAUGAGAGUCUCAAGCUAGUAGAGGUCCAGCCAUGGAAAAUGUACUUUGAUGGGGCUAUGAAUAAGAGCGGAGCCGGUAUAGGGGUAGUUUUGGAAGCACCGAAUGGAGAACAAUUGUUAAUGUCAAAAAGGCUAUGUUUUCCAACCACUAAUAAUAUUGCAGAAUAUGAGGCUUGUAUUUGUGGCCUAGAGGCAUUAAUAGCUGUUGGGGCUAAAAAAGUUGAGGUGUUUGGAGAUUCAAUGCUAGUAGUUUCCCAUAUUAAAGGUGAAUGGGAAUUGAAAGAAGAAAAGUUGAGGCCAUACCUGGAGUAUGCUAAGAAACUAUUAUUUAGCUUUGAGGAAGUGACAAUGAAGCACAUGCCUAGAGCUCAGAACCAGAUGGCUGAUGCUCUAGCCACGUUGGCAUCCUUAUGGGAGAAGGGUGAUCAGAAGUUGACCCAGCCAGUUAUCCUGAUGAGGAGUAGAAUCCCAUGCUAUGAAGGGUUAAUAAUAGCACAUUUAGAUCUAGAAGAUGAGAUGAAAUGGUAUGAGGACAUAAGAAGAUAUUUAGAGAUUAGCCACUCAGUUCACUUUGGCUGGGGGGCAACUCUACAAAAGGUUCUUCGAAGGACUAUUGCUCUUGUGUGUGACAAAAAAGCAGUCUGA